GAUUUCAUACGGUCCUUACCCUUAGCACCCCGCCUCUCUUCUCAUCUUCUGCAGACUGCAAUCGUGCGCCACUCCGACUCGCCACUCCGGUCUCGCUCAGUCAGGCACCAACCACCAGUCGGCAACCACCGUCAGACCGUCUGCCUUGUGAAAUCGCGUCGCCUCCGGCCUUUCCCAGUCUCCCUCUCUGCGAUCGCGCCUCCCCGUCUUUGAAACACAACCUCUGACUUCUCGCCGCCUCCGACGCCUCGCUGCUUCCGAGUUCCAACGCCUCGCCGUCUGGACGCCCCGCCGCCGCGGCCCCCGCCGACUCGACGCACUCCGCUGCAGAUUUAAUAAGAGCUACUGGCCGAUGCCCACCAAGUCUGGCAAUCCCGAGUCCACCCACCGGAGAUUCAUUUUACAGACACCUGACCCAGGGUUAAUUGUCUUGGAUUCUUUCCCGUUGGUUUUUACCCCCACAUUGUUCCCAAUUUUGUACCAAGCCACGACUGCGAGCUUUGUGCGUGUGUCGAGGCGGGCCAGCCCGCUGAACCGGUGGCCCGCGUCGGGUCUUGGUCGGUUUUGCGGUUUGCUCCCAUAUUCGGCAACUAUAAGAAUGGAUCCGAAAAGAGAUGAUGUGGGCACAGACCAGAAGUACGGUCACACAUUUGGAGGUCGCCACGAAAUUCUCAAGAUUCCGAUGGCUUUUUCUAUCAUGCUCGUAUUCCGACAUAUCUUGCAAGAAAACAAAGGCGCCAUUACAAGCUAUGGGCUAAGGGUGGUGAUGGAGGCAAUGGCUGUACCAGCUUCAGACGAAGCCGUCACGUUCGACGAGGCAAACCUGAUGGUGGGAAUGGCGGAAGAGGUGAAUGCAAAGAGAGGAGGGCAUGGGGCUUCCAAGAAUAUGAUAGGAACCCGAGGACCUGAUAAGGUUGUUUUGGUUCCUGUUGGCACCGUGAUUCAUCUUUUAGAAGGUGUAAUCCCUUCCUCCUCGAUCGAGAAGAAACCUUCCGGAUCAUUGGAUCCUUGGGAUAUCCCUGGUUCACUUGAUUCAAACUCAUCCGAUAAUUUCCAACAAUCCUUGACAGACAACAUCCCAAAAAGGCCGAAGGCAGACAAUUCUCAGCAGAUAUCAUCUCGUUCGAGCAGAAGACCUCUAAAGGAGCCACCUUUUACCUCACAUUCUCAAGUUUCUCCUCGAUUUUCAACUUAUAAACCCCAAACCGAACCUGCACCCGAUUGGCAGCCACAUGAGUACAGUGCGUGGGAGGAUACGGAUAACGAAACAAACAUUUCCGAGACGAAUUUCGAAGAAUUUUCUGAAGAAACCGAACAAAAACAAGUACAAUACGACGUGGCUGAGCUAACAAAGCCAGGCGAGCGGAUAACCGUGGCCCAAGGAGGUGACGGUGGCUUGGGCAAUAUGCACUUCACAAAAGGCUCCAAGGCAGAUGACAACAAUGACUUGGGCCACGAUGAGCCCAAUUACAACGAAGCCAACAUAGGCCAGCCCGGAUCCGAAUCCGUCCUUUUGUUGGAAUUAAAGAGCAUUGCGGACGUGGGCCUUGUGGGAAUGCCCAAUGCCGGAAAAAGCACGCUUCUCGGGGCCUUGUCGCGGGCCAAGCCUGUGAUCGGGCAUUACGCUUUCACCACUCUGAGGCCCAAUUUGGGAAAGAUGAACUACGACGACCUGUCCAUCACGGUGGCCGAUAUCCCGGGCCUCAUUAGUGGGGCCCACGAGAAUCGCGGGCUCGGGCACGCUUUCUUGCGGCACAUAGAGCGGACGAAAGUGGUGGCGUACGUGCUGGAUUUGUCGGCCGGGCUGGAGGGGAGGAAAGGCGGGCCCCCGUGGGUGCAGCUGAGGGAGCUGAUGAUGGAGCUGGAGUUCUACAGGGAGGGGCUUUCGGCCCGGCCCGCAUUGGUGGUGGCGAACAAGAUUGACGAGGAAGGGGCUGAAGGGGUGUUCGAGGAGCUGAAGGAGAGGGUAAGUGGGGCCAAUGUGUUCCCGGUUUGCGCCGUGUUGGAGGAAGGGGUGCCGGAGCUUAGGGAUGGUCUAAGGAGGCUUGUGAAUGGGGAGGAUGAGUCGAGGAUUGAUUUUGGUAGUAUUGUGGUUGAUUAGGGACGUUUUUGGUGAUUUUGUUAGAUGAAGGAGAAANNGAAAUAAAUUUUUUUAUAACAAGGCUAGCUUUUGAGUUGAGUUGUUAGAUUGAAGUUUGAUUUCGAGUUUUGUUUGAUUAGUUUUGGAGAUGUGGAGUAGUGCUAGCUCGGCUCGUUAAGGCUCGAGUUC